UCCUAAAAUUACGAUGACAAAUAUGCAAUUUAAAUGCUAAAUAGUAAUUUCGAGUUAUUUACACUUUUAGUGAUCCUAAAUGCUAUGAUUAAAUUGAAAUAUCGAUUUUAAGUGACUUUCAAGAUUUAUGAUGUGACUGUAUUGAUUUUUUGAUAAUUGGAGUUGUUUCUCUGGCAAUGGACAGUGUGGUUUCAGCCACGUGGCGAGACAGACACUGGGUGGUGGGCAGCCGCUAUGGUUAUGUUGGCGAUCACUUGUGCCACGGUAUUUGCCAACUUCGCCGUCAUGUUGGCGCUCUGGCGAGUGCGGCGGGCGCCCUCUCAUUACCCCCUGAUGAGUCUGGUAGCGGCGGACUUCCUUGUGGGGAUGGCUGUGUUGCCGAUUGCUGCGCUCAGAGAGCUGUUUGUGUUUAAUCUAAAUCGUGUUAUAUGUGCAUGCUGGAGUACAUUGGACGUGCUAUGCUGUACCGCAUCUAUCCUUUCGCUGUGCGCCCUUGGCUGGGAGCGAUACUCCGGCAUCACAGCGCCCUUGGCAAGGGCGCAGAGGGCGAGAAGGGCUCGGACCUUAUCAAUCCUGGUCUGGCCUGUGUCAGCGCUGGUGGCGUUGCCAGACGCCUUCAUACCCUCUCCGAAGUCCUUCCACCCGGGAGAAUUAGAAAAGGCUUGCGACGUUAACACUAAUAUUUGGUAUGUCUUUUUCAGCAUUACAUUCUCAUUCUACGUGCCGGCUUGCAUGAUAGUGAUGCAGUACGGGUUCAUCUUGCGAGCUCUUUCCUCCCCUCCACCGAUUCGCGCACAUCGUGGGCGGACAGUCUCACCGCGCUGUCAGAAAAUGGAUUCAACACAAAUGAACACCACACCAAAGCAAAAAUCUUCGAAUGUCCACAUACAAAUUGACAAUAAUCAGAAUGAUGUAACAUCAAAAGCUUGCCGUAUCAAUUCACCAUCAGUCAUACGAGCCUGCACAGAACCCAGUACAGGAAAAUGCAGCUACAAAAGCCGGGAGUUACUGCUAAUAAUUAAAAAGCGAAACUUCAAAUAUCUGGGCCACGUUCUGAGACAUGAGCUAUACCAACGUCAUCACCACCUGGAUGCGGCCGCAUAUUCUGCGCUCGCGCAUCUAAGUGCGAAUGGACAGCACAACGCACAGUUGCAAGCGGUUAUGACGCACGCGGCAGCUUUAGGACAGGUGCAGGGAGCGCAGCAUCCCGCCAUCACCAAUCUUAUGUCUGGUCUUUACGGCAGCUGGGGCAUGGGGGACACGUUCCCGACUCCCUCACCAGAGUCUCCGGACCACUGGUCAACCCCUUCACCGCAAACACCACUCACGCAGUCACCCCAUUCGGACUGGUCAGACCGCGCAGCCUUGUCACCUAACGAUAUACAGCAAACGAACAAAGGUGCCACUGAUGCGUUUUAUAUAUAACUAGCAAUAUAAAGAUUACGUAGUACAGAUUACAUAAAAAGGUCUUCGAGAAUACUUUAAUGAUAUUAUAUUUUUUUUAGUAUAAUAUAAUAUUUGCUACUCUGCAGAGUUAAGACUCUACAGUAUUCGCAUCAUUGCUUGAAUUUUUAAUAAAAAUAUAAUGUUGUCAGACCUAACAUUAAUUUAUAUUUGGAAAGUUUUUAUGAAUGCUUGACCAAUUUUGUUACGAUACUUUGCUUUUGUAAAAUAGGUCAUGACGAAUAGAAGAAUAUUAUGUCAAACUGACAAGAAUUUAAUAUAAUAUCGACUAUUGUAAUAUCUGAGAUUGUAAUACUUUUAUCUUCAUAUAUGGUUUGACAAUGUACAAUGUUUGGAACAUUAAAAAUAGGAACGUAUAUUUCUUCAUUCGAAUAUUUGAUUUGAUCAAAUUGUAGUUAGUACAAUUAAACUCGGCGUUGCCCAUUUAUAAAAAAUCUGCUAUGAAAAUAGUUUUACAUUAAUACUUUUAUACAUUCUUUUAGCAACUAAUUGAACACCACAUAUUAAAAACUGUGCUAAAAUUAGUAGAUUAGGUGUUUUUGUCUUAUAUUAAAGUUUGGAAAUCUCAAGGUGCUAGAGUACCGUAGAAGAUAGACUGAUUUGUAUAGCCAUGACGUAACUAGCUUAGCGCACUGGAAAUGACAAUAUCCAACAACAUUGCCCUUUUGGUGUAUUUUUGGAAUAAAAUUACAGAGUAGAUAUUCUAAAGAAUAUAUUUAUAAUUAAAUGCAAUAAAAUAUAUGUUCAAUAUUAAAAUUUUUGCAGUCAAAACUUUUUUAGCCUCGUUAAGCGAUUUUCGGUAAGAGCAAAACUUAUGGGUACGUGUCACUGACAAGCGAAAUAAAAAUGUGUGCGUUUCCACAGAUUAUAAUAUUAUUAAUAUUACUUAUAUUUUUUUAUAAAUGUAUCAAAAAUACACCGGAUUUGUAACACGGACACCGUGAACUAAAUAGUUGUUAUUGUUAAAUAUGUGUUUUUAUUCAUUGUUUUAUAAAACGCUGUUUUAAAAAAUAAAAUAAUUUUUAAAUGGGAAUUAUGUAUCAACAAAUGAGAUUGUUUUGCGUAUUGACGUGAAAGGAAAUUAUUUAUGUGUGAUUCUUUAGCACGUAAUACUUUGUAAUGUACUGUAGUGUAUGUAGAUUUUUUUUUAAUUUUAAGUAAAAUUU